AUGGGUUGGCGUCGGCUUAAUCUGACGACGUCGCUCCUCGCCGUCGUCGUCCUAGCGCUUUUCGCCGCGCCGUGUGCCGCCGCCGCGCAGGUCAAGACGACCGACAUGCGCUGGAGCUUCCGCGUCCCUUUACCCAGCGGCGUGAGCGGCGCCGAGAGCCUCGCGUUCGAUGGCAAGGGCGAGGGGCCCUACGCCGGCGUCUCGGACGGCCGCGUCCUCAAGUGGGGCGGCAGCACCGUCGGCUGGACAACGUACGCGCACAGCGCGAACUACAGGAAGAUCCCUCUGUGCACCGCGGGCGUGGUGCCGUCGGCGGAGACUGAGAGCAUGUGCGGCCGCCCCCUGGGCCUGCAGUUCCACUUCAAGACCGGUGACCUCUACAUCGCCGACGCCUACCUAGGGCUCAUGAGGGUCGGGCCGGGCGGCGGCGAGGCGGAGGUGCUGGCGACCGGCUCGGACGACGGCGUCCCGUUCAACUUCGUCAACGGCCUCGACGUCGACCAGGCCACGGGCGACGUGUACUUCACCGACUCGAGCGCGACGUACCCGAGGAGGUUCAACACGGAGAUCAUGAUGAACGCGGACGCGACGGGGUGGCUGCUCAGGUACGACGCGCGCACGGGGGCCGUCACAGUGCUCAGGUCCGGCCUGCCGUACCCGAACGGCGUGGCGGUCAGCCGCGACGGCGCGCAGGUCGUGGUCGCGCACACCGUGCCGUGCCAGGCGUUCAGGUACUUGCUCCGCGGCGCCCGGGCGGGGCAGUACGAGCUGCUGGCGGACCUGCCGGGGUACCCGGACAACGUGAGGCGGGACGGUAAGGGUGGCUACUGGGUGGCGCUGAACCAGGAGAAGCAGCGGCUGGACGCAACGCCAGAGACGGCUCCCGUGAAGCACCUGGUCGGGGUCCGCUUGGACGCUCACGGGAUGGAGGUCGAGGAGCUCACGGCGGCCAAGGGUGUCACGCUCAGCGACGUGGCGGAGAGGAGGGGGAAGCUGUGGCUGGGCUCCGUGGAGCUCGAGUACGUCGGACUGGUUGCAUGA